AUGAUUGGAUAUAAAAAUGAUAUUGUACAAAAAUUAUCACAAAUUUGUUCAUAUAUUGUCUACAAUUAUUAUAUAGUACAUUGUUUAGUAUUAGCUUACAAAGAUUCACAAAAACAAAUUGAUUAUUUCAAUAAUGUCAAGACUAUUAUAAGAGAUGUAUACAAAUAUUAUAAAAAUUCUGCAAAACAAGUUCAAGAAUAUCAACAAAUUCUUGAUUAUUAUUUGACAUUAUUAAAUAAAUUUUUCCAAAAGAGUAAUCUUUAUUUUCAAGAUAUUAUUCCUAUAAUUAAUGCUACAACUACAAUCAUUCAAAAAGAUUAUCUCAUAGAUACUUUGAAUAUUCGAAAUUAUUAUCUGGGCUAUAAUCUUCAACCUUUAUCAAUCAAACAAAUAACAGCAAAGACUAUAAAUAAUCAAAAAUUCUUACCAUUAAUUGAUGAAUUACUUCUUUUUCUAGUUCAUAAUUAUUUUGAUAUUUUUCCUAACAUGAUUAAACUUGCUCAUAUUACUAAUAGCAUUCCUUUUUCAAGUGUAAAUUGUGAACGUGGAUUUUCCAAACAAAAUACAAUUAAAACCCAUUUGCGUAUCUCUUUAACUACAUUUACUUUAGAUGCGUUUAUGAGAAUUUUAUUAGAAGGAAAGAAAAGUAAAGAAAUGAAUUAG